AUGUCUAUACCGUUUGAUUUUUUUGCUUCCAAAAAGACGCAAAAGCAAGAAUACACACAAUUGGAUCUGCUUGACAACUUCAUUCCCACCGCAGAACCAGCUGUGCACAAGAAGAAGGUCCAUGCUCCGGGAGAUGGCCAAGUCAUUACUAUUGAAGGCAUCCGCAUCGAUUUUCCUCUCAAGCCCUAUGCUGCUCAGAUUCAAAUGAUGACAAGAAUUAUACAUGCUCUCAAUACGGAGGAAAAUGCAUUACUAGAGAGUCCAACAGGUUCCGGCAAAUCACUUGCAUUGUUAUGUGCUGCGCUAGCAUGGAGAGAGAAUCAAGAAAAGCUAAGAGCAGCAGAAAUGUUAAAAGUACAACAACAAGUACCCGAAAAACGGCAAAUUACUGAUGAGCCUGAAACAAGCCAAGGGCCUAGUAAAAAAGUGAGAACACGCUUGGCAUCACCGCCGUCAUUUUGCAGUGAUGAGGAUUUUCAGCAACCUUUGGUAAAGAGAUUCGUAGCAGAAGUAGUCGACCCAGACGAGGAAAAAUCACAACCAUCAACUCCAGACUUAGCUAGCAUGGACGAAGCCAAGAGGAUGAAAUACGAAACUUACAAAGCAGUGCCUAGAAUCUUUGUUGGUAGCAGAACACACAAGCAGAUUACUCAGCUUGUUGCUGAAUUGAAAAGCAAUACAAGAUAUAGCCCUCGCACCACUAUUCUGGGCAGUCGAGAUCAUCUAUGCAUUCAUCCAAAGGUGUCAAAAUCCAACAACAAGACAGACGAUUGUACAGCACUGCUAGAUGAAAACAGAUGCGGCUAUUCGCAUAAAACCCAAAAGCUUCUCAACCAUUCAUCACUUAAAGCAGAGAAUCGCAUCUGGGAUAUUGAAGACAUGGUUCAGUUGGGUAAAAAAGUGCGAGGAUGUCCAUACUAUGCUGCAAGAAAGUUAUACGAAGGCGCGGAGGUCAUAUUUUGUCCCUACAACUACAUCAUUGAUCCAGUCAUUCGCAAAAUUCUAGACAUUAAUCUCAAAAACAGCAUUGUGAUUCUCGACGAAGCGCAUAACAUUGAAGAUGCAUCCCGAGGUGCUGGAUCACUCAAUAUAGACGAAAAUAUGUUGGAGGUCUUGCUGAAAGAACUGAAACUCACGACUCGAUUUGGAGGCGAAAAGGAAGCGCACAGUCAAAUGGACACUAUCAUAAGCGGCCUGUAUGAGGCAAUGAAAUCAGAAGACAUCAACUAUGUAGUGAAGGAGUAUGAAAGACAAUCAUGCCACUUUACAGGGCUGGAACUUUUGCAUACACUGGAUGAAAUGAACAUAAACAGCAAUACAUUUGCAACUGACAUAUUGCCGGCAUACAGAAAGAUAGCGUCUCAUGCCGAGGCAGUACGAAAAGCAAAGGAAAGCAAAGCGACUCAAUAUGAUGACUAUGAAAUGGAAGAGAUCGAUGGCUUAUCGUCGCAAGUUGUUCAUGCGCAAGGCACUCGUGCUGUCAGUAAUGGUAGUUUGACUGUAUUGCAAGGCUUGGUUACAGUCCUUGGAUUUAUAUUUGAGCCUGAUCAGUCAAAUGCCAAAGACUAUCAACUGGUGUUUAUGAAAGCAAUGAAGAGAGCAGCGGCAAAUUCAAAUAAGCGGCGCAAACGAUUUCAGGAUCCAGCCAAACAGUCUUUAUGGGUGCAUAAAAUUGCCUUUUGGUGUUUAAAUCCUGGCAUCAUUUUUGGUGAUAUGUGUAAAGAAACUCGGUCUGUCAUUUUGACCAGUGGUACAUUAUCACCUCUAAACACGUUUGCAUCCGAACUCGGUGUCCCAUUCGCCGGAAGAUUAGAAGCGAACCAUGUUAUCAAGCCAUCUCAAAUUUGGGUCAGUUCGAUUCCUCAUGGGCCAAAUCGUAUUCCACUGAAAUGUGUGUAUUCCAAUAUGGAGUCUUUAGCCUUCCAAGAUGAAGUCGGUGAAACUCUUUGUGACAUUAUCGAGCGAGUGCCUUAUGGUGUACUUGUCUUUAUGCCGUCUUACAAAGCUUUGGAUUUGUUUAUGGACAGAUGGAAUAAUACGGGCGUCAUGGAUCGUUUGAAAGCCAAGAAACUUGUUCUGUCGGAACCUAAAGGCAGUGACAAGAAGGAAUUUGAAGCGGUAUUGAACACAUUUUAUGAACAGAUCGAUGCGGUAGAAGCAAAUAUUGACGAGGAAAACCGAGAUGGUGCUCUCUUCUUUGCUGUAUUCAGAGGAAAAGUGAGUGAAGGUAUCGACUUUAGCGACAAUUACUGCCGUGCUGUAGUGACAUUGGGUAUUCCUUUCCCUGGAUUCAAAGACCUAGAGGUCAAUUUGAAGAGAGACUACAACAACAGAAUGAAAUCGCAAUCAAGUGGUGAAAAUUUGCUGUCUGGGACGGAAUGGUACGAGGCUCAAGCCUAUCGAGCAAUCAAUCAGGCAUUAGGAAGAUGUAUCAGACAUAAAAAUGAUUGGGGAGCUAUCAUACUGCUGGAAGAACGGUUCAACAAAAGAAGCAUAGUGGACAACCUCUCUAAAUGGGUCAAGGGUCAAUACAAGCAGCCAGUUGGAUACAGGGAUUCGAUUGCAAAUCUGGGGCAAUUCAUCCAUCGACAAGUAGAAGAAGAUAGAAAGAAAGCAGAGGAAGAAAGAGAGAAAAGGCGGCUUGAGGAUGAAAAGGCAAUCAAGAUCGAAAGUCAAAGCUUCACCGCAGACGCAAAUCCAUUCACGAUUCACAGCUCACAGUCGUUCGAAGAGGAGAUUGUCACCAUUAAAGAGGAAGGCAAGGAUGAUUAUUUAGUCACCAACGAGAAGCAUGAAAAGGAGCAGUCAACUACCUCAACAUUCAGUAAAUACUUUAACCAACAUCAAAAGACGACACCAUCACAGAGCAUUGAAAAUACCCAUGACCCAUUAGACAGCUCAGUGCCCCUUUCUGGCCCAGCUUCUGUUACAAGCGAAAGCGAAACAAUGCUCCAUCUAUACCCUGUAAAAGAAGAGGAAUGCCAUGUCCAAGUUAACGAUGAUUAUCAGACCUACUCUCCCCAAGAUGACGCUGUUGAAGCUGCUGAGCACGAUUUCAAGCUUGACGACGAUGAUUUGAUGCCACCACCUCAAUUGCCUAGUGCAAAGUAUGAGCCACAAGACAUACUUCAUGGUAACAAUUUCAAUGACACUCACUCUUCAGCAAAAGAGACAAGCUCUAUUCAUUUUGCAUGCCCAAAAUGUAACAGGCGGCUUUUACAAGGUAGUCAUGAAGAAAUUGAGUUGGUUGAAGUGCGUGAUUUAGAGUGUAUUAAGGAUUAUACUGGCAACCAAUGCAAAGUGCAAGAAAUUCGGAAUCCUAGCCGUUGGGAGGCUGCAUCACAUCUAUUAGGCGGUCCACUGGACAUACGUUCCUUGCCAUCACGUGGAAGUGUUUUAUACGACAGAGUGGAUGAUGUGUGCUUUCGAUUCAUUUCAUGCGCGUGUGAUCCUUUGGCUGAAUUGGGCAUAGUAGUCUGUUUGGCUGCAAAUCCUGCAAAAAUGCAUCAUAUCGGAAAAGUCUAUCUCUGGGGAUUCCAAAAAGAUGACAAAUUAGCACCGUUGAAGGUUGAUUCAUACAAUUCUGACAAUCUGGACGUCCAAAUCCCAAACUCUCAAUAUUCUUCGGCAAAUGAUAUAUUCUACAAUCUAUGA